AUGGGGCGCCCCGUGGUCCUUAUGAUGGCGUGGCUUCUGAUCUUGGGUGCAAGUGCAGACAUGAUCUCCCAGGGCCUUGAUGAGGAUGCCUGUGCGACGCAGGAGUGUGCAGUGAAGUUGCUACAGCUUGGCGCCCGCAAGGAGGGCCCUGCUCUUGCGGAGGAGUCCAAAAGCCACAAAAGCCAGGGGUUUGGCCCAGGCCCGUGCAAGGCCACGGGCAAUUUCAUGUGGAAAAUGCAGAAGUGCGCAGGCUUAGAAUGGCAAGCGUGCUCCAGCCAGGGCUGUAUUUGGGAGCCGUAUGCUCAAGGCGGCAAUCCAAGGGAGAUUGGAUUUGGCUCUGCCCCUUGCAGAGCCUUGUCCAACAUCGAUACUUACAUACAGCCUUGUAGCGGCAAGGACCUGCAGGCAUGCAGGGCGAGUAGCAGCUGCAUUUGGAACCCAUGGGCCUUCUGGCAUGGCGGAGGCUCAGGAGGAUGGAACGGUGGAGGAGGAUGGAAUGACUUGCAGUGCGAAGGCAAGCCUUUCAACCUGGUUGGGGACUUCGAAUGCAAUGGCUUGGCUCCCGCAUCCUGCAAUCAAAACAGCAAUUGCCAACUCGUGCGACGUGGAGGAGGCAACCAAUACCGAUACAAGUGCCAAGGGAAGCCGAUGAACUUCUUUGGCUUUGAAUGCGACAACUUGUCGGCCAGCUCUUGCAGACAGAACAGCAACUGCGAACUCGUUCGCAACUGA